CAUUGUUUUCCCUAAAGAAAUUCCUCGAAGCUGUGUGCUGUUUAGUUUGCAUUUUCAAUAAACGUUUCUGCAAGAAACAGACACCAAAUAAACCAACGCAGCAGUGUUUUGCAAAAUGCGUAUAUCAUGUCACCCUGUUACAUAAAAAACAUUGUAAUUGCUGUUGUAUGCCUGGAUCUGGUUGUCGGCGGCGCGGCAAUCUCACCAUUAUUAGAUGUUAAGCGAUCGCCAUUGCCGCUGGAGGUUGCGGCUGCGAAGGGACAGCAAGAGAAAGAUCAGUCACAGAAUUCCUCCACCUUAAUACCAGCCAUGGAUCGCUUCCGCAACCACUCAUCCUUUGUCAAUGGGAGCGCCAGCCUGCCGUUCAGCAGCCGGCCGACCAAACUGCCGCGGAAGAGCGUGGUUGGCGCCGGUCCGCUGGCCUCCUCUUACUACACGUCCAGCGCCUGGAUCAACACCAUCAAGAGCAUCGCCGUCUGCUGGGCUAUCGUGGCCUGCAUUUGGAUCUUCUUCAAACUCCUCACCUGCUCCACUUUCGCCUACCGCCUCUGGUACCGCAAGCGCCUCACCGAGGCCCGCGAGAUGGCGUUGCUGGAAGGGGCACAGAGUGGCGUGCCCAGCGGUGGUUGUCCCCUUGGACUGGGCUUCGCCUCACGCUGGACCCAAGUUAACUUCCUAAAACAAGGCGGGGAGGCAGCCAUGGAGGCGCCGCCGGGUUAUGAACAGUUCUCGCCGCCGGCAUACGAGGAUAUUGUCGGCAUGGAAAUGUGUGCGCAGUUGAUACUGGAGCGGGUGGAUGAGACCGUUGGCGGCGGUGGCACCGCAGGGAAUGCAAGUGACGAAGGGGAAACAACGGCGCUGACCGCCGAUGCACAAGAUGACCGCAGCUAGUAUCGGCUGGCUCCUGUCUCUUUUUGUAUUAUAAUUAAGUAUCUUUUUUGUUGAGAAUUUUUGGUAUUUCACGGCCUUUUCACUCACUCAUACGCUGCAUUACUUGCAUGUUGAAUUUAUUUAAGUACUGAUAAUACUUAAUUGUUCUAUCGCACAUACAGUAAUUUAGGAGGGCUUGCAAGUUUGCGCAAGAGACUGAGUACUUAUAUCAGCAUUUUCCAUUGUGGCGUUAAUUAUUUACUGAGGUUUUUCAUGACAAUAUGGGUUGAACUUAUGAAGUAAUACUGUAGAGGCUCGAUCAAGUGGCACCACAGAGUUUGUGUACGGGAAAUCAGCACCUGCAAUAUGUGCACUGAUCGUGCAUGUGAACGCAUGGGCAUGCACACGCUGCGUGUGUGCUGCUUUCCCAUACACAAACUCUGUGGUGCCACU